AUGCGAGGGUUAAAAGGGUUUAAAAAUUCAAGAAGAUACAUACAGUUAGAAGACGUUGGCUUCUCUGAUGCACAGUUUAGGAGGCCAGUUCAUCCAAUUCCAUGGAAUUCAAUUAUUUUAGCAAUACUAUUAUUUGUUCUGGGUUCUUUAGGAAUUAUAUUUGGAUCACUUAUUACUGCUGGCAUCAUCGAUACUGAGGAAUGGCUUGAUAGAGGAAAACCUUUUCUUUUUCUUGGAGCAUUAUUAUUUAUUCCUGGUGCCUAUCAUGUUAGAAUUGCUUAUUAUGCUUACAAAGGAUAUGAAGGUUACGAUUUUGACCAAAUUCCCGAUUUGUAA